AUGUAUUUACGCCCAGGAUUCGUCGUGGUGAUCGUUGGGGGAGUUCUGACAACAAUAUCAACAAUUGUCGUGGCACUCCGAUAUUACUGCCGGUACUUUCUUGUCGGAUCGCUCAGCGCAAGCGACCAUCUCAUGUUGGUCUCGCUAGUCGUUGCAUGGGGAACUUUCAUAAUCAACUACUACCAAGAUGUGACGAGCAGUGGCUAUCGACCCUCAUACCUCCGUAGACCUGACAAAAGGCCAGAGAUCGAGGGCUACGUGCUGGGAGUGCUCAUCUCCUGGUGGGCCUACCGGUUCGUCUACGUUAUAGGACUUGGCUUCGUUAAGCUCAGUAUCCUCUUUUUCUACCGCUCCAUUGCUGCCAACGUCACCUUUCGCCGAACCGUGUAUGGCAUGAUGGGGUUUGUGGUGAUGUACACAUUUUCUGCGACCAUUGCCGCAAUCUUCCAAUGCCAGAAUCCAGCGAGCGCUUGGUCCACCACAAAUUACUUUGCACAAUUCGACCCCACCAUCCAGAGAGAGCCUGCUGUAUGCUGGGAUCCAGUUCCGCUCUGGGUUUUUUCGUCGGCGUGCAACCUACUCACCGAUAUCAUCCUCCUGUUGAUGCCACUGCCGACGCUGUUGAGUCUCCGGAUACCAAUGGGCAAACGACUUGCAUUGAUUGGCAUAUUUUCCGUGGGAUUGAUGGCUAUUGUUGCGUCUUCAGUACGCAUGUGGGUCAUGUACAUGUGGGCUGAGUCUCCUUACAACUCUGCGCGCUACGGCGCGGAUCUGCUCCUGUGGGGCCAGGUUGAGACCAACAGUGGCAUUAUAUCUGCCUCUGUACCAUUUCUCCGUCUUCUCUUCCGCAACAAGGAAAAGAAGCCACAACAGAACGGCACGCCACCGAAGAUUUACGCGACUCCGCCAGAAGCCCGGCCACCAACGCCGCCAAAGGACGACGAGUACAGUCCACGCCAAGUGCCGGAUGUGGAGAUGUGGCCACUUGCAAACGAGAAGGGCCUUGACAGAGGAGAGUCUGUUGGUUUUAUCACAAUACACGAAAGAUCGACGAUAGCAAGAGAGUCGAAUUGGGGCCCGUUCGUCACAAUACCAGAGAGCUUGAGCUCGGAUGGCAAGGAUAGUCCACAUCUGGGACCUCCGUUUUCGCCGCAUAAGACGGCGUGA